AUGCUUAUCGACCGGCGCCGCAAGUUUCGGCAGGACUACAUCGAGCAGAGAUGCGCUCGAUGUAUAUCUGUAUGUAACUCCUACGGCCUCUUCAACCUUCCAUGCCGCAACCAGAACCGAGUUGAGAUCAGCACCUCCGGGGAGUUCCUGCUCUGCUCCAGCAGAUCGUGCUUCUGCGUAAUACACGUGGCGUCAGAGAUUUACAGUGACCGUUCGGUCAGAAGACGCGGGGAAGCGUUCACGCCCUGCUCAUGCAGCGCCAGCAGCGCAUCGUGCCCCUCGCCGUCACCGUGCGAGGUGGCACUCACGAAGCCAUUCACGUAUAAGUCCAAGUGCAAUGACUGCGCGUGGUACACCGUCGACGACGGUAUCUUCCUCUCUGCUGGGGACUGCAUUGUCAACGUGUGGGAUCUCAACGUUCUCGAUAUCGCAUACACGUUCAGUCUGAAGCUGUCAACGGUCAAAAAGUUGGCAGUGGAGAAGUCGAACAGCACGAACCCCCUUAUCGCAGCCGGUCUCACCUGCGGGUCCAUCGCAACAUGCGAUAUGCGUGCCGGCACCACGUUCAACUACUGCAACGCGAAAGUCAACGCAGAAGUAACGGCCCUUUCCUUCCAGCCGCACAACAAGCAUCUGCUGGUCGCAGGCUACGAGGACACUUCAGUAUGUGUCUGGGACCUGCGGCGGUACAACAGGCCACUGGUAUCGCUGGGCAACCGGGGGAAAUCCGACAAACUAUCCAUAGUGCACGGCUGCAGCGUGGCAUAUGGCGAGAACGGAAGCGCCCUGUCAAAUCCCAAAGAACUACCUAUCGCACUUUCUCAGGAUUUCCAUAAUGAAGACCAAAUAUGGUCCUAUGUUAUGGGCGCCACAAAGGCCACGGCCAGCAAACCGCAAACAAGUCGGGAAGGCUCAUUGUCAACAGGAGCUCCAGCCAAAAAUGCUGAGGCGGAAUCGGUUUUAGGGAUCAAGAUUGGAGCCGGUCCCAUUUUGCCUCUGGACAGACCGCCUACUAAAGCCAAACGGCUUAGAAACACGGUCUCUGUAACAGACCUUUUAAUGGGAACAGAUUCCAGCACACCGACUUCUAACGCCGCCAGCAAGGCACCAUCCAGAGGGCCGCAGCGGAGGACAAGAGGGCCGGCGGGCAGCAGCCUGAUGGCGAAGUACAAGCUCAUCGACCACAACAGGCGCCUAUACUCGGGACCAGACUCGACACCGUUGCCUGCACCGCGACCUAGCGAUGCCGGCCCCAGCCCCGUGCGUCCGCCGACCACGGCACGCAGCACCAAUACGCCAAAGUUUAAAGCACAAGGGAUGUCAACGACGAUCGAAUGCAGUCCUGAUGGCAACUUCCUAUUCGUCGCACGUCACAAGGGUCACGUGGAGCAGUAUGACGGCAGGAACUAUCGCGCUCUCAACCAGUUUGAUAUCGACAGCCUCACUAGGCCCUACCAGACAGGCAGUCCCAAGAGUUAUGCACAGCGGAUGCAGCUGCACUCUAUUGACAACGGUGAAUAUUUGCUCUUCAACGUCAGGGAGCAGUUGGCAGUACUGGACGUCCGCAGAGGGGCGCUGAUGAAUGUAGUCGCCCUCCAGUGGGAGAACCACGAUGCCAUAGUGGAUGCCGGCGCUUCCAACGCCUCGGAAAACGUCCAGAUGGCGCAGAAGUACGUCACCGACUUCGCCGCCAUGAGGGGCAGACAAGAUGUGUACGCGAUAAAUGAGCGCGGAGAGCUCUUCGUCUUACACCCAGGUAACACACUACCUGUGACUUGA